AUGGCAGUUGAUUCGGCGAAACUCUUCCAGACCUACCAAAGUCACGCGGACAUCAAGCGCUACCUGGACGAUUUGCUAACGCGGUUCUCCAGCAAAAUGGAAAUAUUUUCCCGUGCCGAAUCGUACGAAGGGCGCGAAAUACUGACCGUCCGUAUCUGCUCCGAUGUGCAGCAGAAGCGUCCGCCGGCCAACCGGUGGUGCAUCCUGAUCGACGCCGGGAUACACGCCCGCGAGUGGAUAACGGUUUCGGUGGCGCUCUUCAUCGUACAGCAGCUACUCGAGAAGGAUGCGAUCAGUGCGAAGAGCUUCCGGAGCUUCGAGUGGAUUAUCUUACCCCUGCUAAACCCGGACGGAUACGAGUACAGCCGGGAGCAUAAUAAAAUGUGGCGCAAAACACGCCGUCCGCUUGGGCACAAAAGCCAGCGUAGUUGCGUUGGGGUGGACUGCAAUCGGAACUUUAACGUGGCCUGGACGAUCGGAUCGACCCGGUUCUGCUCGCUACUGUAUCGUGGGGAGCGGCCAUUUUCCGAACGUGAGACGAAAAAUGUGCGCGAUCUGUUCCGUAAGCUUCGACCUUCGUGCAAGUUCUACCUCUCACUGCAUUCCUACGCCAAAGCGAUCCUCUAUCCCCGGGCGUACACCAGAACCCUCCCACGGAACUGGCAGAUGCAGCAGACGGUUGCGGAAGCGGGCGCCGAGGCGAUGAAGAAAGCGACCGGCGUACGGUACCGGUGUGGCAGUGCGUCCACCGUGCUGAACCGCCCGAUCGGUGGUUCCAGCAUCGAUUACGCACACGACAUCGAGAAGGUACCGGUCGCGCUCGUGAUGGAGGUUGCCUCGAAGGGUUUCCAUCCACCCGAGGCGAACAUCGAGCGGAUCUGCGAGGAAAGCUGGAUCGGUAUCGGGGCGAUGGUAAACUGUCUCGCCGGCAGUUUCCGCACCGUCCUCCGGGGCAGUGGAACGUUACACCUACGCUGA